CACACACACACACACACAGAGCAGUCCAGUCUCUUACACUCUCUCACACACACAGAGCAGUCCAGUCACAUCCGCUUGCUCCGGAACAUUCUUUCACGUCAUUACAUCAGUUUCAGAAGAGUCCAAUCUCUCCCUGGAGAAAGAGGAGAGCGAAACAGAGAGAAGGAGGGAGAGAGUGAAACACGAGAGAGUGCUCUAUUUAACACCAUGGAGACAGCCUGGACACUGGGUAGAGCGUGAGUCGAAAAGCAAGAUUUUAAAAGGAGGGCACGUGUGAUUCUUCUCCAUCGACUCUACGUGAGUAACUGUGUGUGUGUGAGAGAGAUUCUGUUUAUCACUCAACUCAACCAGAUAAACUGAGUGUUCGACUGAGAUAAUUGUCUGGACCAUAUUUAAGAGAGCUCUAAGAAAUAGUCGUAUGAAGAUGUGAAGAUAUCAUGUGUUCACAUCUGAAAGGUGUCUGUAGGUUAAAAAAAUAUGUUUCAGAUGAGGCGAAUAAGUAAUAACUCCAGAAUGGAAACUGCAGCCCCACUAGAGGUCAGCAGAUAGUAGCAAAUAAAUACUGAGCUCUUCCUCCGUCCUUUUCUCUCUCUCUGGAGAGUUUAUAGUGUGUAAACAUGAUCCUGCACUAGAACACUGUGUCCUGGGGAUUGAGUAACUCGCCAACGCUUGCCCCCUGCACUCCAAACCAGUGUGUGUGCGACUGUGUUACUGUCCACCUUCCACUCCUGUGUGUUUUUCAAGUGUCUGGAUACAUCUGUCUGUCAGCUCCAGCUGACAUGUGACUAGUCAUGGUGAUGGCCUCAUAUCCUUCCUUCCUUUCUUCCUUAGUUUCUCUCCCUUCCCUCGUCCUCUAGUCAGUCUCAGACAUACUUACUGUGUCUAAGCAUUCACACUGUCACCAGCUGGAAUGUCACACUGUGAAACAAAAACAGAGGGAUGGACAGAGACAGAGACUGAGAGGGGUAGAGAGACAGACUGAGAGGGGUAGAGAGACAGAGACUGAGAGGGGUAGAGAGACAGAGACUGAGAGGGGUAGAGAGACAGAGACUGAGAGGGGUAGAGAGACAGAGACUGAGAGGGGUAGAGAGACAGAGACUGAGAGGGGGAGAGAGACAGAGACUGAGAGGGGGAGAGAGACAGAGACUGAGAGGGGGAGAGAGACAGAGACUGAGAGGGGGAGAGAGACUGAGACUGAGAGGGGGAGAGAGACUGAGACUGAGAGGGGGAGAGAGACUGAGACUGAGAGGGGGAGAGAGACUGAGACUGAGAGGGGGAGAGAGACUGAGACUGAGAGGGGGAGAGAGACUGAGUACGACAGAAACUGAAAGCAGCAGAGAACUGAAGUGGAAGGAGUUAGAUUGUCCGAAAAUCGACUGAGGGGAAAAAAUCUGAAGAAACUGAAGUAUAAGGAGGAGAAAGACAGUGAAGGAGUCAUCAAAAUAGCAAGAGGAAUAGGAGCUAGAGUAGAGUGCUGUUGUUCUCAGACAGACAGAGAGAGACAAAAAUGGUGAGGAUUUCACUAAACCACAGUGAUGUAGUCUAAGGAUGGAGAUGAUGGGUUUGACCACAGUUCUAUCAAGCGUAUUUAUUUAUUUAUAUGUCUCUCUUUAGAUCCACUCUAUCUAUUCUUUUUCUAGCUACUCUCGCUCACAAAAUGGCUUCCAAGGAAUUUAGAGGAUGAGUCAGAGCCUAACUCACGAGGGAGUAGCUGUCUGUCUGUCGUCCUAUGAAUGUGCUAGCCUUUUUAAUCUGUGGGUAUUGUGUUGGUAAACUAAAAUAAUGUAUAGCUGUUGACUCAUCAACCUAAGAGCAUAUUACAUGCUACAUAUACAAGUGGUUACAGAUUAUCUAUUUAGUCUGAUUCAGACAUGGUCUUUCAUGUGAGAGCCUGAGAGACAUCUGCCCCACAGACAGUCUCUGCUGACUGCUGGGUAACUUGACAGGAGUUUUGCACUCUUGUUUCAUAAUGUCUCAUGAGCUGUGUGUGGUGUGUGUGUGUGUGUGUGUGUGUGUGUAUGUAGGCUUGAUUAUGCGCACACACUGUAUGUGGACAGUGUAAUGUAUUUCUGUAAUAUGUUGUCUCCGUGUCCUCAGUGUGUCCAAUGGGCAGCAGUAGCAGCAGCAGGCUGUUUGGUACCCUGGCCCAGACCCUGAACAGUGCUCCCCUGGCCCAGAAGGACUACUGCCCAGACCCAGAGCACCAGGACUCAGACCAGGACCCGGAGGGCCUAGAGCAGACCGACCCAGACCAGCUGCUCCGGGAGUGCGAGGAGGCCCUCCAGAACCGGCCGGCCCGGCCACACAGGGACCUGGUCUACCCUGCAGACCCAAAACACCAGCACCAAUACAGGAACCAUGAGCAGCAGCACACACCGUCCAUACGGGUCAUGACGUGGAACAUCCUAGCUCAAGGUGCAUAGUCCUCUGAUAGAUGAUAGAGUACUAUAGAUUACAGAAGACCACCAGAGCAGCACAUGUACUGUAUGAACACCUUCCUAAUAUUGAGUUGUACCCCAUUUUGCCCUCAGAACAGCCCCAAUUCAUCGGGGCAUGGACUCUACAAGGUGUCGAAAGCGUUCCACAGGGAUGCUGGCCCAUGCUGACAAGUUGGCUGGGUGUCCUUUGGGUAGUGGACCAUUAUUGAUACACACGGGAAACUGUUGAGCGUGAAAAACCCAGCAGCGUUAAAGUUCUUGAUACAAACCGGUGCGCCUGGCACCUACCAUACCCCGUUCAAAGGCACUUAAAUCACCCUCUGAAUGGCACACAUACACAGUCCAUGUCUCAAGGCUUAAAAAUCCUUCUUUAACCUGUCUCUUCCCCUUCAUCUGCACUGAUUUGAAGUGGAUUUAACAAGUGGCAUCAAUAAGGGAUCAUAGCUUUCACCUGGAUUCACCUGGUCAGUCUGUCUUGGAAAGAGCAGGUGUUCUUAAUGUUUUGUACACUCUGAAUAUCCAAGACACUGUUGCUCUCAAGACUUCAGACCAUGAUAAUGCUCAGUGCUCACAAUGUCUUUCGAUCAGGAAUGGGGAGAAGUGUACAACGGUACAAAGUAAUGUCUACUGCUAAUGUCUGGUAACUGUCCUCUCUCCUCUCCUCUCAGCUCUAGGGGAGGGUAAGGAUGGCUUUGUGCGAUGUCCUCUGGAAGCUCUGAACUGGGCUGAGAGGAAGUACCUGAUCCUGGAAGAGAUCCUCACCUACCGCCCUGACAUCCUGUGUCUCCAGGAAGUGGACCACUACUACGACACCUUCAAGCCCAUCCUGGCCAGCCUGGGCUACCACAGCACCUUCAUGCCCAAGCCCUGGUCCCCCUGCCUGGACGUGGCCAGCAACAACGGCCCUGACGGCUGUGCUCUCUUCUACCGCCACGCCCGCUUCAGCCUUCUCCACACCUCCCACCUGCGCCUCUCUGCCAUGAUGCUGCCUACCAACCAGGUGGCCAUCGUGCAGACGCUGCGUUGCCGGGCGACGGGCCAGAGGCUGUGCGUGGCCGUGACCCACCUGAAGGCGAGGAGCGGCUGGGAGAGGCUGAGGGGUGCCCAGGGGGCUGACCUACUGCAGAGCCUGAAGGCUAUAACCUCACGGGCAGCUGGGUCAGACCCAGUCAGUAGGGGAGCUGGGGGAGGGAAUGGGACAGAGGGGGUGCCUCUGAUAGUGUGUGGGGACUUUAACGCUGAGCCCUCGGAGGACGUGUACAGGCGUUUUAUCUCCUCCCCCCUGGGUCUGGACUCAGCCUAUAAGCUGCUGAGUGCAGACGGGCAGACAGAGCCGGCCUACACUACCUGGAAGAUCCGUCCCUCAGGGGAGAGCUGCAGUACCCUGGACUACAUCUGGUACUCUCAUGGUGCUUUCACUGUGGACACCCUGCUGGACAUACCCACUGAGGAACAGAUAGGACCUGACCGCCUGCCCUCAUACCACUACCCCUCCGACCACCUCUCACUGCUCUGUGAUGUCAGCUUCAGGGAGCCCAGGGAUCAACCUCAUAGGCUGAUGUAGGCUGCCUAUCACAGAGGCAUCGGCCAAUAGGGCUCCAGUUCAGGACAAUGCAGGAAGAAUCGACUUGAUCAAACAAUGUGUGGGAGUGUAAUACUGGAGAACUGAAUGCUUAUUUUACUUGACCUGGUGGUGAAAUUUGAUUCUGCAGACUUGACACCAGAGAGUAGAUAUUUCUUUUUUAUAAAAACCAGCACUUGAUGAAAUUUACUUUUUUCCCCUUGAGGUAGUUUUCUGUCAAGUGAGAUGUUAUCCCUCAUGAUCGUUUUUCUUCAUGUGAGGUGUUUAACUGGUUUUAAAGGAACUGGAGAAUAGGAUCAUAUCAAUACUGUAACUGCUAUAAUUUUCAGUGCUGUGGCAGCAAGAUUGCCAAUGAGCAUGUCAAAAUAAAAUACUUAGACAUUC